GCCUGUGGAGCUGCUGACACAAACAGUCAUUAGCAGACGACCCUUUUGUAACCAACUAUGCUUUAAAAUGUAAACCGUGGGGGCAUUUUCUUUGCGUUGUCCGGAGAGAACUUUCUGCUGCCUGAGCCUGGAUUAAUCAUGAGAGAGUUUGUCAACAUUCCACUGGUACAUAUUCUUACUUUGGUUGCCUUCAGCGGGACUGAGAAACUUCCAAAAGCUCCUGUCAUCACCACUCCUCUUGAAACAGUGGACGCCUUAGUUGAAGAAGUGGCUACUUUCAUGUGCGCAGUGGAAUCCUAUCCCCAGCCUGAAAUUUCCUGGACCAGAAAUAAAAUUCUCAUUAAGCUCUUUGACACACGGUACAGCAUCCGGGAGAACGGUCAGCUCCUCACCAUCCUGAGCGUGGAAGACAGCGAUGACGGCAUUUAUUGCUGCAUCGCCAACAACGGCGUGGGAGGGGCUGCCGAGAGCUGCGGGGCUCUGCAAGUGAAGAUGAAACCUAAAAUAACUCGUCCUCCCAUAAAUGUAAAAAUAAUAGAAGGAUUAAAGGCAGUCCUACCCUGUACCACAAUGGGCAAUCCCAAGCCAUCAGUGUCGUGGAUCAAGGAGGACAGUGCUCUCAGGGAAAACCCCCGCACUGCAGUUCUGGAAUCCGGGAGUUUAAGGAUUCACAAUGUGCAAAAGGAAGACGCAGGACAUUAUCGAUGUGUGGCAAAGAACAGCCUCGGGACGGCCUAUUCCAAACUGGUGAAGCUGGAAGUUGAGGUUUUUGCCAGAAUCCUGCGGGCUCCCGAAUCCCACAAUGUCACCUUUGGCUCCUUUGUGACCCUGCGCUGUACAGCAACAGGCAUCCCUGUCCCCACCAUCACCUGGAUUGAAAACGGAAAUGCUGUUUCUUCUGGGUCCAUUCAAGAAAGUGUGAAAGACCGAGUUAUUGACUCAAGACUGCAGCUGUUUAUCACCAAGCCAGGACUCUAUACAUGCAUAGCUACUAAUAAGCAUGGAGAGAAAUUCAGUACUGCAAAGGCUGCAGCCACCAUCAGCAUAGCAGAAUGGAGUAAAUCCCAGAGAGAAAACAAAGGCUACUGUGCCCAGUACAGCGGGGAAGUGUGUGAUGCUGUCCUGGCGAAAGAUGCUCUUGUUUUCUUCAACAACUCCUACGCAGACCCUGAAGAGGCCCAAGAACUGCUGGUCCACACUGCCUGGAAUGAACUGAAAGCAGUGAGCCCGUUCUGCCAGCCGGCUGCCGAAGCUUUGCUAUGUAACCAUAUCUUCCAAGAAUGCAACCCUGGGCUAGUGCCUACUCCUAUACCCAUUUGCAGAGAAUACUGCCUGGCAGUGAAGGAGCUCUUCUGUGCAAAAGAAUGGCUGGCGAUGGAAGAAAAAGCCCACAGGGGACUCUACAGAUCUGGGAUGCAUCUGUUCUCUGUGCUAGAAUGCGACAGACUGCCCAGCAUGCACUGGGACCCCGCGGCCUGUACCAGACUGCCGUAUUCGGCAUUCCCACCCAUGACGUCCUCAAAGCCGAGUGUGGACUUCCCAAGUGUGGAUUCCUCCUCCUCUUCCUCCUUCUCUGUGUCCCCUACAUACUCCAUGACUGUAAUCAUCUCCAUCAUGUCCAGCUUUGCAAUAUUUGUGCUGCUCACCAUAACUACUCUUUAUUGCUGCCGAAGACGAAAACAAUGGAAAAAUAAGAAAAGAGAAUCAGCGGCAGUAACCCUCACCACGCUUCCUUCGGAGCUCCUGCUAGACAGACUUCACCCCAAUCCCAUGUACCAGAGGAUGCCACUCCUUUUGAACCCCAAAUUGCUCAGCCUGGAAUAUCCCAGGAACAACAUUGAGUAUGUGAGAGAUAUUGGAGAGGGAGCAUUUGGAAGGGUCUUUCAAGCAAGGGCUCCCGGCUUACUUCCCUACGAACCUUUCACUAUGGUGGCCGUGAAGAUGCUCAAAGAAGAAGCCUCAGCAGAUAUGCAAGCCGACUUUCAGAGGGAGGCAGCCCUCAUGGCGGAAUUUGAUAACCCUAACAUCGUGAAACUCUUAGGCGUGUGCGCGGUGGGGAAGCCCAUGUGCCUGCUCUUCGAGUACAUGGCCUACGGUGACCUCAACGAGUUCCUGCGCAGCAUGGCCCCGCCCACCGGGCGCAGCCUCAGCCCCGGCGACCCGGCCACCGCGGGGCCGGCCUCCAGCCCCGGGCCGCCGCCCCUGUCCUGCGCCGAGCAGCUGUGCAUCGCCAGGCAGGUGGCAGCUGGCAUGGCCUACCUGUCGGAGCGCAAGUUCGUCCACCGGGAUUUAGCCACCAGGAACUGCCUGGUGGGUGAGAACAUGGUGGUGAAGAUCGCCGACUUCGGCCUGUCGAGGAACAUCUACUCGGCGGACUACUACAAAGCCAACGAGAACGACGCCAUCCCCAUCCGCUGGAUGCCGCCCGAGUCCAUCUUCUACAACCGCUACACCACGGAGUCCGACGUCUGGGCCUACGGGGUGGUCCUGUGGGAGAUCUUCUCCUACGGCCUGCAGCCCUACUACGGGAUGGCCCACGAGGAGGUCAUUUACUACGUGCGGGACGGCAACAUCCUCUCCUGCCCCGAGGACUGCCCCCUGGAACUGUACAACCUCAUGCGCCUGUGUUGGAGCAAGCUGCCCACGGACAGACCCAGUUUCACCAGCAUCCACCGAAUUCUGGAACGCAUGUGUGAGAGGGCAGAGGGAGGGGUGGGUGUCUAAGGGCGAGGGUGUGCCCGGCGGAAUCUGCAGCCUCCUCUCAGACUCUGUGAGCCCGAGAGUCCCACGCCAGAGGCCCGGGGAGACCCUGAUAGCGAAGAAGAGCAGCACACGUGGGUACCACGCUGUUGGUUCUCAGAAAGAAAAAAAAAAAAAAAGAUACCGCAGAACCCACGUGGUAGAUGCAAAGUGGGUGAUGGGAAAGGUAGGCGAGGAAAUGUGCUACACAACAUAACUACUCUUCCUCGUGGGGAAAGUUUGCAUUACAUUUUGUCCAGGGAGCACCGUCCCGUUCCGUUCCUGGAUUCACUGGCAGCAGAGUAAGACUCGGCUGUAUUAAAUUUUAGUAUGAAAUACAAUG